ACUUGUUAACCCACAGCCCCAGAAAGCCAUGACCAGUCUGUGCAAGUGGCAGCAGGCAAACUUGCCUGCUUGGCAACCCAAACCAAACCCCAUAUGACCUUUUUCCUUCUGUUUCCCUCUAGGCCUUCAAAUGAGUCUUCCUCAAUGCUGUCAGCCACAGAAGGUGGAUCCAGCUGCUGGUCAUCUGCACGAAUUAGCACUUCCAUGAGCAAGGAAGCCAAGUCCACCUGUGCAGGAUGAGUGGACUGGGGCACUCUGUGGGUCUGAAUCUCAAGGCUGAGCUCUUGUGGGAAUUUGCUGAUGUCGAAUUCUGCAGAUGUUUUCUUGGAUUCCUCUGUCUUCCCCACGAGUGGAGACCAGAGGAGUUACCGUACGCAGGCAUCGGCCACGCUGCUCCUCCGCUUGCGCUGAGCUGACCCAGGGCCUCCUCUACCAUGAGCGGUGUUCGCCACCACCUCGGAUUCCUGCUCCUGGCCGAAGCGGUGCUGUGUGCUGCUGCCACACGGUUUCAAGAUGUGCUGAGCUAUGGAAGCACUUCUGCCACAUCCUACAAGAAGCUACAAGGCUGGUCUAGCGAUCAAAAUACAUGGAACGAAAAGCUUUAUCCUUUCUGGGAAGAAGGAGAUCCCAGAUGGAAGGACUGCUGGAAAGGAGGAAGGGUGACAGCCAAAUUGGAUACUGAUAGUCCAGCACUGGUAGGAUCCAACGUGACCUUUGUUGUCGCUCUCCAGUUUCCUAAGUGCCAGAAGGAAGAUAAUGAUGGCAACAUAGUAUACCAGAGAAACUGUACCCAGGAUCCUCCAGCUGCUGAGGAUCAGCAAGUCUAUGUCUACAACUGGACUGAAUGGAUUGACAACUGUGUCUGGGAAAACUGCACAAGCAAUUACAGUCAUAAUGUAUUCCCAGAUGGGAGACCUUUCCCUCACCACCCUGGCUGGAGGAGAAAGAACUUUGUCUACGUGUUUCACACGUUUGGUCAGUAUUACGAAACAACAGGACGAUCUUCAGCAAAGCUUUCGGUCAACACAGCAAAUAUCACUCUUGGCAAACAUGUGAUGGCAGUGUCCAUUUACAGGAGAGGGCACUCAGGAUACGUUCCAAUCGCGAGAGCAAAAGCCAUUUACUCUGUAACAGACAAAAUUCCAAUAUUUGUGAGUAUGUUCCAAAAACAUGACCGCAACAUCUCAGACUCCAUUUUUAUCAAAGACUCACCAAUUACAUUUGAUGUGAAUAUCCAUGAUCCCAGCUACUAUCUUAACAACUCUGCCAUCUCCUACAAGUGGAACUUCGGAGAUGGAAGUGGCUUAUUUGUAGCCAGCAGUUCUACUACAUCUCACACUUACACUCUGCAAGGAAACUUCACUCUGAAUUUAACUGUCCAAGCCAUUAUUCCUGUGCCCUGCAAGCCAGUAACACCCACGGUACCACCCCCCACCCCAGCAGUAACAACCGGAGCAUCUUCAGACUCUUCUGCCAUCGUUGAGUCAAUGGAGGAUAAUCCUGAUGGAGGUUGCCACAUUUACAGAAAUGGAUACUAUAGAAGUGGUAUCUCUGUCGUAGAGGGAAUCCUUGAGGUAAAUAUUAUUCAGAUGACGAGCAUCCAGAUGACAGAAAGUCAAGCUGAAAACUCACUGGUUGACUUUGUUGUUACCUGCCAAGGGAGUCUGCCCACAGAUGUCUGCACAGUAGUUUCUGACCCCACUUGCCAGGUGUCCAAGAGUGUGGUAUGUGACCCCGUCACCGUCAGCGAUGAAUGUUUACUCACUGUCAGGAGAUCUUUUGAGGAACCCGGAACAUACUGUAUAAACAUCACCUUGGGUGAUGACUCAAGUCAAGCCCUUGCCAGUGCACUGAUUUCUGUAAAUGGAGGAUCAUCAUACAGAACAACAGAAGGCGUCUUUAUCUUCCUUGGCUUGUUGGCAGUUUUUGCCACCAUUGGGGCAUUUGUCCUUUACAAGAGAUACAAGCAAUACAAGCCUAUUGAGAGAAGCGCAGGACAAACAGAGAAGCAGGAGGGACUCACUGCUUACUUCAGCAGUUUCAAAGCUGUUUUCUUCCCUAAUAGCACUGAGAGAAAUCCUCUGCUGAAGAGUAAACCAGGCAUUGUUUAAACCUUUAGUCUAACACCGACUGUUAGAUUAAGAACAGAACUCAUAUUGAACUGUACUUUAAUGGGGCUUUCUUGUUAUUAAAAAACAGGGAGUAAGGUGAAAGCACAUAUAGAGGGAAUGAUAACUUUUGGGGCUUGGUGCAAUUAGAAACAUUAAAGUAGUCCUUUGUAGAAAACAAGGAAGUAGUUUUAAGCACUUGCUGUUCUUGCUUGUGAUCCAGGAUAAACUCUUCUGAAUAACUAACUGCCCCCCACUACAACACACUUAUCUGGGUUUUCUUACUUCUAGGUUAACAACCUGCAAAAAUAAUCAUAUCUAUAAUUUGGAAGGGGGAAAAAAAAGGUAAAUU